AUGCACAAGCCCUUGGUACUCGGAUCGGCGAGAAUAGGACGUCGACUCAAUGACGCCCCACCCACACACGAGCGUGGACGACCGACGAGCCCAAAACUGCACAAAGCACGCACUCCACACUACCAUCAGCAGCGUGAAGAACGGCGCGAUCGUCGAGUCCCCGGACGCCUCUUCGACGUACACGUACUCGUACAGAGCCAACAGCCCGCCCACGACGGCAGGACCAGUGAGGAAUACUGUGAAGAAGUGCAACCAGGAAAAGUACAGGGCCACUUUUGCGCCGAAAUACGCUUCCAUGGCAUUCGCCAAGUGCAAGUUCGUGGGGAAAAUGGACCACUUAAAGGUAUUCCACAGCUGAAACUUUGCAAACAUGUCGUGUAG